AUGGAAGCUGCCCAGUUUAGAUGCCUGUUUCUCCUACUUCUUCUCACGUGUGAGCUGGUGCCAGAAGUUGGUGCAGAAGUUGAGAAAUCCUCAGAUGGUCCUGGCGCUACCCAGGAACCCACAUGGCUCACAGAUGUCCCAGCUGCCGUGGAAUUCAUCGCUGCUGCUGAGGUGGCUGUCCUAGGCUUCUUCCAGGAUUUAGAGAUACCAGCAGUGUCUAUAUUGCGUAGCAUGGUGCAGCAAUAUCCAGACGUGUCAUUUGGAAUCAGCACUGACUCUGAGGUUCUGACCCACUACAACAUCACUGGGAACAGCAUCUCCCUCUUCCGUCUUGUGGAUAAUGAACAACUGGAUUUAGACAGUGAAGAUAUUGAAAGCCUCGAUGCCACCAAAUUAAGCCGUUUCAUUGAGAUCAACAGCCUCUACUUGGUGACAGAGUACAAUCCUGUGACUGCGAUUGGCCUGUUUAACAGCAUGAUUCAGAUUCAUCUCCUCCUGCUGAUGAACAAGGCCUCCCCAGAGUAUGAAGAGAGCGUGCACAGAUACCAGAAGGCAGCUCGGCUCUUCCAGGGAAAGAUUCUCUUUAUUCUGGUGGACAGUGGUCUGCGGGAAAAUGAGAGGGUGAUGUCAUUUUUCAAACUAAACAAGUCUCAACUGCCAGCUUUGGCAAUUUAUCGGACUCUGGAUGAGGAGUGGGACACGCUGCCCAUAGCAGAAGUUUCAGUAGAGCACGUGCAAAACUUUUGUGAUGGAUUCCUCCAAGGGAAAUUGUUGAGAGAAAAUCAUGAAUCAGAAGGAAAGACUCCAAAGGUGGAACUCUGA